UAAUAUUUUAAUGUGUAAUAAAUUUAAAUAAUUAUAAUAAAUAUGUAUAAAUUAUUAUUAUUAACAGUAUUAGUAGUUUGUGUAAACUGUAUACCAUUUACACAAAAUGACAUUGAUGCUCAAUGGAUUGCGUUCAAGAAACAAUUCCGUAAUUCCAAUAAAUUUGACGUAAAUUCUGGCGAAGAAUCGCUGAGAAGACAGACAUUUGAGAAAAACUACCGGAAGAUUGUGUCCCACAAUACAGAGGCCGACAAUGGUUUGCAUACAUAUAGAUUGGGUGUCAAUCAGUUCACGGACUGGACUCACGAGGAAUACAGACAACGGCUUAACAUAAGGCGAGCGAAGAGAAACCAAACAUUAUCAUCGGUACAUCAUUUUAGUGAAUCGCUGGCAACCCUACCAACACAUGUUGACUGGAGAGAAAAACACGUGGUCACUCUAGUCAAAGACCAGAAAAAUUGCGGCGGAUGUUGGGUAUUCAGCACAAUCGCCUCCCUAGAAGGUCAAUUAGCGCUAACAAGUGGCAAACUGACCUCGUUAUCGGAGCAAAACAUACUGGACUGCGACCCGAAGUACGGCUGCGCGAGCGGUGGGUUCGUUGAGCACGCGUUUGACACGAUUAUUAAGGAGGGAGGGGUCGAGACUGAGGCCCGGUAUCCGUUCCGUAACGACGAGGACAAACGGUGUACGUAUAAAAAGUCCCUGAGCGUUUUGACCAUGGCCAAAUACAGCACCAUUAAGCCGGGCAGUGAGAGUAGUCUACAGCAAGCGGUGGCCAAUGUUGGCCCCAUCGCUAUAUACAUCGACGCCGACCCGGACUCGUUCAUGAGCUACGAGUCGGGCAUUUACUCGUCUAGUGAGUGCAAAACUAACUAUGAUGAUUUAUUGCAUUCGGUCACCGUGGUGGGUUAUGGCUCGGAAGGUGGCCAUGAUUAUUGGCUUGUUAAAAACUCGUGGGACACCACAUGGGGUGAGAGCGGGUAUAUCCGUGUGGCCAGGAAUAAGGGCAAUAUGUGCGGAGUGGCCACUUUUGGUGGUUGGCCUGUCGGUGUUAAAGCACAGUAA